AUGGAAGAAUUUGAAGAAUUUACUGUUAGUAAUGAUGCGCUUUAUGAUUUUUCUGUUACUAAUGACACAUCAUACGAAAAUAUUCAGGGUGUAAAUGAUAUCCUAUAUAAUAAGCAAAGUCAAUUUGAUGUUAGCGCUGUUUUAUAUAUGAAUGAUCAAACUGAAUAUGAAAAUAACGAUAUGAUAAAUUGUGAAGGUGCUCAACAUGAUAUGAUAAAUUGUGAAGGUGCUCAACAUGAUAUGAUGAAUUGUGAAGGUACUCAACAUGAUAUGAUGAAUUGUGAAGGUGUUCAAUCUGAUAUGGUAGAUGAAUGGUGUCAAUUGAUAAAUAAAGGUACUCAAGUUUGUGAACACUAUGGGCAGCCUGAGUCAACAAAAAGUAAGGAUACAGAGAAAGAAACGACUUCUAAACGUAUUGGAUGCAUAUGGCAGAUAAAUCUUUCUUGUCUAGAAAAAAACAACCCUUACAAGAUUGUAUAUGUCACAAAAUUAAUUGAUGAGCAUAAGAACCAUAGUCUUGAUCGAGCACGUUACCAGUUCCGGGAAAAUUUGAAGUUUACAGUGAAUAUGGCUAAGGAGAUUUACAUGCCAGUGCUACAUCGGAUAAUUCAACGGUUUCGUCCAAAAUCUCAUGACCAGACAAAUGAUGCUAGUCGUUUGUAUGAAGAAUUGUUAAAAAAAAAAGAAAUAGACCCCCAAUGGUAUGUUGAAGUAGAUUGGGACCAUAAUAGUAAAUGUCUUC